AUGGCGGCUGCCGAUGUGUCCCUGGGCAACACGGAGGUGCGCGACCUGACGCGAAUCGAGCGCAUCGGCGCUCACAGCCACAUCCGCGGCCUAGGGCUCGACGACUCCCUCGAGCCGCGAGACGUGAGCCAGGGGCUGGUGGGGCAACACGCGGCGCGCAGAGCCACCGGCGUGAUCUACAAGAUGAUCCAGGAGGGGCAGAUCGCCGGCAGAGCGAUCCUGCUGGCUGGGAAGCCCGGCACCGGGAAGACCGCAAUCGCGAUGGGUUUAGCGCAGGCGUUAGGACCCGACACCCCAUUCACCACGAUCGCGGGUUCGGAGAUCUUCUCCUUGGAGAUGUCCAAGACGGAAGCCUUGACGCAGGCUUUCCGCCGCAGCAUCGGGGUGAAGAUCAUGGAGGAGACGGAGAUCAUUGAGGGAGAGGUAGUGGAGAUUCAGGUGGACACCCCCGUGGGAGGCGGCGACAAGACGGGGCGAGUCACGCUGUGCACCACCGAGAUGGAGACGGUGUACGACCUCGGUGCCAAGAUGAUCGAGGCCUUGCAGAAGGAGAAGGUGGGUGCCGGAGACGUGAUGACAAUCGACAAGGCUUCGGGCAAGAUCACCAAGCUCGGCCGCUCCUUCACGCGGUCACGGGACUACGAUGCCAUGGGCCCACAGACUCGCUUCGUGCAGUGCCCGGAGGGGGAGCUGCAGAAGCGCAAGGAAGUGGUACACGUGGUAUCUCUGCACGAGAUCGACGUGAUAAACUCUAGGCAGCAAGGUUUCCUGGCGCUCUUCGCCGGAGACACGGGCGAGAUCAAGGGAGAGGUGCGGGAGCAGAUCGACCUCAAGGUGGCGGAGUGGCGGGAGGAGGGGAAGGCGACCAUCGUCCCCGGGGUGCUGUUCAUCGACGAGGUGCACAUGCUGGAUAUAGAGUGCUUCUCGUGGCUCAACCGCGCCCUCGAGAGCCACCUCGCGCCGGUGUUGAUCAUCGCCACCAACAGAGGCAUCGCUAAGAUCCGGGGGACCAAUUACAAGAGCCCCCACGGCAUUCCAAUCGACCUCCUCGACAGAUUGAUGAUCGUGUCGACGGUUGCGUACAGCGAACAGGAAGUGAAGAAGAUCCUGUCCAUUCGGUGCGAAGAAGAGGACGUCGAGAUGGACGACGACGCCAUCAUUCUCCUCACCAAGAUAGCGAUGGAGACAUCGCUGCGGUACGCGAUCCACAUGAUCAUGGCGGCGCAGCUGGUGAGCACCAAGCGCAAGGGUACCCAGGUGGAGAUCGAAGACAUCAAGAAGGUCUACUCCCUCUUCGUCGACAUCAAGCGUUCGACGCAGUUCCUCAUGGAGUACCAGAAGGACUUCAUGUUCAACACCCUGGGGGAGGAAGACGACGAAGAUUCGGAGGAGGAGGAGGAAGAAGAAGAGGAGGAGGAAGAGGAGGGCAUGGACACGGCAGCAUGA